AUGGCACCACUCACUUUAGACUCGUCUAUCCUCGUCUUCGGUGGAGGGGGCACUAUUGGAUCAUCUACGGCCUUGCACCUGGCGCGCAAGGGUUACCAGAAUAUCCGGGUGCUGGACGUGUACCCUAUACCUAGCGCGCAGAGCGCAGGGAAUGACCUGAACAAGAUCAUGGGGACGAGCCUCCGCAAUCCCGUGGAUAAACAGCUCAGUCGCGAAGCUAACGACAUGUGGUUGAACGACCCGACAUUCUCCCCCUAUUUUCAUCGUACCGGACGGCUGGACUGCUGCGGGUCUCCAGAAGGAAUAGAGGACUUGCGGAAGACCAUCGAGAAGCUCAACGAUGCCGGGCUUGGGCACACCGCCGAAUGGCUCGACAAUGAGGAGGAUAUUGUAACGCGGGUACCCUGGCUAGCUGGUAAUGAGAUGCCUGGGUGGAAGGGUAUCUACUUCGCCGACGGAGGCUGGCUCGCUGCCGCAAAAGCCAUCAACUCUGUAGGCCAGGAGCUAGCGCAGCUCGGCGUGAAGUUUAGUUUUGGACAAUCUGGCGCAUUUGAGCGUCUUCUUCUCUCGGACGACGGGAGUACUUGUGUGGGUGCGGUCGCAAAGGAUGGCACGGAAUAUCGUGCCGACCGCGUCGUCCUGGCUGCAGGUGCAUGGUCGCCCGUGUUGGUUGACCUUGAGGACCAGUGCUGCUCGAAGGCCUGGGUCUACGCACAUAUGCAACUGACCCCGGAAGAGGUUGAGCAAUACAAGGGAUGCCCAGUCGUCUACAACGAGGACCUUGGCUUCUUCUUCGAACCCAACGAGUUCGGCGUCAUCAAGGUCUGCGACGAAUUCCCCGGUUUCUGUCGCUACAAGUUGCAUCAGCCGUUUGGUGCGCCUGCGCCGAAGCCAGUGUCUGUACCGCGCUCGCAUGCAAAGCACCCUACAGACACCUACCCCGACGCAUCAGAGGUGACCAUUCGCAAGGCCAUUGCUGCGUUCCUGCCGCGUUUCAAGGACAAGGACCUCUUCAAUCGCUCGCUGUGCUGGUGCACAGACACCGCGGAUGCUAACCUGCUGAUUACGGAGGAUCCGCGUUGGAAGAAUCUCAUCCUUGCCACGGGCGAUAGCGGGCAUUCCUUUAAGCUGCUGCCGAUUAUCGGAAAACAUGUUGUCGAGCUGCUCGAGGGUACGCUGCAGGAGGACAUGCGUCAGGCAUGGCGUUGGAGGCCAGGCUCCGGAGACGCUCGCAAGUCAACGCGGGCAGCCCCCGCCAAGGACCUAGCUGAACUUCCGGGCUGGAACCACGACGGCGAGAAGACGGAACUCAAGCAAGGGCCUGGUAAGGAGACUGCCCGGGCGGCUAAGGCAGCCAAUGUUCUCGAGCCCUCAGGGUCGACGUGCUGUACGGUACUGUAA